ACGGCCAUCUGUUGGUGUUGGUUGUUCCUGCUCUGCCGUCACCAGUGUGCAGCGGUGCAGCCUGUGGAGUGUGAUGUGACUCCGAUUGAUCUCUACAGCGAAUGCUUGCCGUCGUAGGGUAUCAAGGUAGUUACUCGCACGGGACAUGCCUCGCAAUCUUGUUCGCAGUGAUUCUGCGUCUCCUGAGUCGCGGAGUCGGAAGAACAGAUAUGGUGCUGCUGUCUUUCGGAGACUCACAAGCCAAAUUCGCUGGAUGGAGGAUGAACCCGACUCAGAUGCAGAUGUUCCCUUGGCUCUCCAGCCAUCCUUGGUGCGACAGCAGAGCAACCCCACAGGCGAUGAAGAGCUCAGUUCAUCACGCUAUCUCCUUGCCAAAGGAGCUAUUCACUUUUGGAAGAACUUUGCUUAUGAAGAUCAGGGUCGCCCAUUUGUGUGCCUUCGUCAUGACAUCAACCCAGCAGAGGUGACACGAGAUGUGAUGCAGUCUAGCUGGCACAUGAACUUGCCCAGCUUUGUGCUUCUGGUGGUGUCUCACAGUGGACCUCUAAGCCAAUGGACUCCUACACGGCAGCUGGACAACUUUAAACAGGGUCUCAUCAAGGCAGCAAAUACGACUGAUAUGUGGAUAGUGACCAAUGGUUUAAACUUGGGGAUGAGCAAAGAAAUAGGAGAUGCUGUUCGUCUGGAGCUUCUUCGCCGAAGGGCCCUGCGCUGUCACAAGCACCCAAGUCGCAACAGGGCCCGCGUGCCUCCGUUGACGCUUGUUGGCAUCGUUCGAGAGGACACACUCAUGUAUGCACACUGUCUGGAUGGACGGCAAUCCGUUGUCCAGCUUGAGAACGAAGGUAAUCGACCGGAGGAGAACAAGUUCGAGCUGAACCCUGACCACUCACACUACAUCGUAGUGAGGGAUGACACUGUCAACAGGACUGGUCUAGGGUACUUCACCCUGAAACUUGAACAGAGUAUGGCCACUGACUUGACCACAGACAGCUUAGAUGGUACAUCUAAAGCAACAGAGGCUUCAAUGGACGGGCUUCCUGUGGAACUUCCCUUGUUAUCCCUGUUGGUAGCAGGUGAUAUCACCUGUGUUCGGUUUCUGCACGACCACCUCAAGCGACAGAUGCCCCUCGUAGUGCUGGAAGGAAGUGGUGGUCUGGCUGACCUGCUAGCUUUUGCAUAUCACCAAGUGCAACGCAGAGGUACUCGAGUGUGGGAUGCAGAGUUUGUGGAGACAUUCCUGAAGCCUGAACUAUCAAGUACCCUCUGUGAACUGUGUCCAUCGUACAGAGAGAAUCCUCUGGCUCGGAACUUCUUCCGGGACAAGAUUGUGGAGUGCAUAUGGCUGGCCUGCCAGCAGCAGAGGGCCCUGCUCACUGUCGUCGACAUUCGCAGUCAGGCUUGCAACCUAGCAGACAUUGAUGAGGUGCUGCUCAAGGCUGUAUUUAAAGCACAGCGGCCCAAUGAGCAACUGUGGCACAAACAGAUGCGCAAGGACCUUCUUCUCACCCUUGACUGGAACUGCCCCCAUGUUGCCAUGUCUGAAGUCUUUCUGAAAGAUCCCUCAUGCAAAUUCCAGGUGGAUAGAGAUAUCUUUGAGCUGGCCCUGUUGAGGCCUGGCCGUGAAGAGUUUGUGCGGUUAUUCCUGGACCGAGGGUUUCAAGUCCAUCGGUACCUUACUCCAAGACGACUGAAACAGCUCUUUCAGAGAGUGCAACAUGAGGAGUUCUUCCGCUCCUUAUGCUGGGAAGGAGUUCUGGGACAUGGCCUGUCCUCGAAAAUUGGCAAACACUUUGUGGAGAAUGAGCUAAACUGGCUCAUUAGCACUCUGGCAGGAUUGCAGAAUUUUGUUGACCCCCAGGAGCUUUCCAUGAAUGCAGCUCUAGGAAUCUACACACAGGAUCCAUGUGCUGCGGAGCGCAAAGCCCUGGUGGUGCUCUCCCUUUGGGGCGCAUUCACACAACGCACUCGCCUCUGCCAGCUGCUAUGGCAAGGGAGUGACCAGCCCAUUCACUUGGCUCUUCUCUUAUCUGGCACCUAUGCACGCCUGGCACUGCGCGUCCAUGAGGGAACCACACGAAGGACACUUCAGGAGGCGAGCAAGGAAUUUGCCUCAAUGGCCCGUGGCGUUUUAGACUGCAGCUACCAGGAAGCAACAUGCCGUGCAUAUGAUGUUCUCAGUGAAGAAAAUCCAGACUGGGGAUACAAGACUGCGGUGGACAUUGCGGCAGAAAUGCGCAACCGGACAUUUCUCGCACACCCAUGUUGCCAGAAGUGGAUCACAAAUCUUUUUAUGGGAGGCAUCAGAGUGCGAGAGCUCACCUGGGGCAUCUUCACCUGUCCUCUCUGGCUAAAGAUAAUCUUAUGUGCCUUCCUGGUUUUUCCCAUGUACAUCUGGGUUAGCUUCAAGUCAGAUCCUCAUGAAAUGGAAUACAAAGAAGAGGCUGAUAUAGAAGAAGAGAAAGAAGACAAAGAAGAGGACCAGCUGCUGCCAUCAGGUGGAGGCGAUAGCGUACUAAAGGCUGACGGUGCUGGGUCACCGCCUGGACGCAAAUCCUUCAAUCGUGACGCUAUGACAACAUUACUGCGUGAGAGAGAAGUGUUUUUACCAUCUCCACCUCCUCUGUGGAAAAUGGUACAGCAGCUGUGGAUGGCCCCUAUUACAAAGUUCUGGACAUUCCAGCUCUUCUACAUGAUGUACCUGGCAGCAUUCAGCGUGGCUGUUCUUUGGCCAUCAUGUGGGCAGUGGACCUUGGACGUAGCGGUGUGUUCAUGGACACUGCUUAUCACCUUGGAGUCCAUAAGAAGGACGUAUGUUCUUUACAAGAAAUACAUGCGGAGCGUGCCCCUGUUCAUGCGCUGCGUUGAGAUUGCGCUGAUGGUGGCUUUUGUGGGUCUAUACCUCUGCGGGCGAGUCCUGUAUCCAGCCGGAGAAAUCCUUCAUCCUUACACCACGAAAGUGAUCCUCUGCUCUGCUUUGCUGGGUUUCUAUUACCGUCAGAUUGUGAUCUAUUUGCCAAUCUCUUCAACACUUGGACCAUUACUGUACAAGGUUCGGCUCAUGGUGGUGCAGGACUUUGCAAACUUCAUGCGCAUGGCUCUGUUGGUGAUUAUCAGUGGGGGCAUAGUGGCCCAUGCCCUGCUUUACCCAGACUUUCCCUUCUCUGUUGAACUGGUGCGAAGAGCUUUCCACAGGGCCUGGUUUGCUCUCUUCCUUACUCAUAUCUCAGACCUCGAAGAGGACUCACGAUGCUCAAAACUAAAAUAUACGGAAAAGCAAGAGGAAGGUGCCUGCCGAGUCAGCAUGUACAGCGACUAUACCUGCUCAAAUCCUGGCGUGUGGCCUUACAUCUUCAUAAUUCAAUUCCUUGUCCUUCUGAAGUUGGUCCUGCUCACCCUGCUUUAUGCAUUAUUCAGCAAUACGGCCCGCAAGAUCGAAGAAGCGUCGGAUGACAUUUGGAAAUUUCAACGCUAUCAAUUAGUGGUGGAUUUCAUGAAUCGUCUGUGUCUUCCUCCACCCUUGAAUAUUAUCAGCUACUUCAUCACCGCUGUGCGCUUCCUGUGUCAUCUCUGCACUUGCAAGUUCUGCAGAAAAGUUGACGAAACGGAUUGUAGUGGUGCAGCAGGAACAGAACUAUCACAUGCACAGCGGCUUUCUGAAAAGGACUACAAUUACUGGCGCCAACUAGCAUUUCAGUACAGCCAGAAAAUUAAAGAAGAGAAGACUGCGGAUGACCUGACGAAAAAGCAAAGUGAAAGCAUAUCAGUUCUACUGGAUGACUUAGACAACCAGCGUCGGAUGCAAGUCUUACUCAAAGGUCAAGUACAAGAACUUCAGAGAACAUUAGGUAGGGCACAAGCCCAUCUGGAGACUCUCAACAUGGGCAACACAAUACACCUCAGAGCAGAAGGUGGAAGGAGUGCCCCCGCAUUGAGUGGAGGGGUGCAUGUGCUGUCACGACAUUCUCCAUACCCGUCGACCAGGGUACAGCGAUACCCAGUUCCUGACAAGUAUGUUGCCUGGGAGGUGCUCUGGCUGGACUAUGACCCUGUGGCAUACACACGACCUUGUGCAGACUUCCCCGGCAACCUCCAGCCUUACGUCGAUGAAGACAUUCUCUACCUGAAGUUGCGGGAGACAUCCAGUGCAGCACAGCAGGUGCCAACAUUGACGUGGAACUGUGUGUCCACCAGCCCUGCUGGGAUCAGCAUCGACCGCCGCUCAUGGAUUCUUGAUUCUGAUGGCUCGCCUGUUAUCUACAAACUGGACAGUAUGGCUGUUCCGAUGAAUCCUAUUGGUCGAACAGGUCUUCGCGGCAAAGGUGCACUUCCAAGAUGGGGUCCCAAUCAUUACAUCCUGUUUGUCAUCAGCAGGUGGCAAAGGUCCAAAAUCCAUCUUGUUGGAGGAAGAGGGCUUGAAAUAGUUCUUAUGCGCAUCUGCAGGACAGACCAGUUCAGCAUGCCUGGGGACUUUGUUCCAGGUGAACACAAGUAUGAGAUGAUGAAGCUGCUCUUCAAGGGGACUGAUCAGCGUGGCUGUUCCAGUGCAGAAGAUGUGUCUCUGCUCUUCCAAAACAGCUGCCUGCCAGAAAACAAUGAGUCACCGAGUGACAUGCAGCAACCAAUGCUUCCCAAUGUCACAUGUAAAGUAGUUCAACAAGGAUACAUGGAUGACCCCAUGAAUACUGAUCACUGUUGGAGAGAGGUGGAACUAUGGCACAUCCACUUCACUGCCAGGGAAAAUCUACAGGAACAAUUUCAGUUGCGGGGUCAUCACAGGGCUUCCCAGAGAAUCCUCCCAGCCAGGAUGCAGACGAAAACGAUGAAAUUCAAAGCAGCAGUGCGGUUGCAAGUACACGUGGAGAGUCAGCCAACAGCACAGUAUCAAAAUGCACAGACGGAGAGACAAUGUUAUUGAUGGACUUAUACAGUCGUUAUAGUACACAGAUAGGACCAUACACAAAGUUGAAAAGCAAAAACCAAAUGUUUGAGUCAAUAUCCCACGAAUUAAACAGGAUUCUAAACACAACAAAAACGCCAAACCUGUGCGACGUAAGAACUAAGACAGUAAUGAAGAGGAAAAAAAAAAGGCAAUAGAUAAUAGCAGGACAUCUGGCCGAAGCAGGCAAGCUGUGCCAUAUGAAAGGGAAUUGGAGCAGAUACGCCAAGCAGACGACAGUAUACAGCCACAGUAAUAUGGAAUGUUACUGUCGUCAGGAGAAAAGUGCCUCCCUGUGAUGCUACCAUAGAAUGUGGUACACUGCCUUCCACAUCACACGAAGUGCCGACAGGGUCAGAAGGGUCAGACAGUGUGAGAGCCCCUGCUGCAACUGAAACAACAGUUACACCAACAGUUAACAGCGGCAACCAACAGCGGCAACAGUUACACCAGAGCCGACUCUCAGUACACCAAGCCACCGCAGGAAUCAACCUGGACGAGCCAGAAUGGCUGAAUUAAAAGCUUUUUUUGAAAAAAUGGAUGAAAUGAAUAGGCACAGAGAUGAAAGGGAGUGUGAACAAAACAGAGAAAGGCGGCACAAAGAAAUUGUGAGACUCCAUAUGAUAAACGCAACUUGAUAAGACGUCUGUUAGGAGAAGCAGAGGUACCUUUAGAAUGAUAUAUUUUCAUA